AUGACUCGACGACAGGUCACACUUCAACCCAAUUCUUCCUCCUCGUCCACGUCCAGCACCACAUGCGCCGGCGCUUCCACAGAUAGUAGAAACGCCUCAUACUCUCCUUUCACAGAAGAUCAUGCCUCCCCAACUCCGUUGGCCAUGCGGACCACAAUCCCACCACAGCCCUCAGACAAGUCCAGGGUCCAGCUAAUCAGCACAUCCGUCCUCAUCCCGGGGCGUGGAAAGCCCCGACAUGACAUGACAGUCGUGGUCCGCGACGCCCUCAUCCACGCCAUCCACCCAACAAGCGCUCUCCCAGCGUUUCUCCAGCACCACUCCCUCCCAGCGACGCACGUGCCCGUCCUACUGCCGGGCCUCUGGGACUGCCACACGCACUUCCUGGGAACCAAAUCCCUGAACCUUUCGGAGGUCGUUUCGACCCAUGCAGCCGUGGCGGGAGCGCGUCUCGCCCGCAACGCUCGCGACAUCCUCCUGUCGGGCUUCACCUCGGUCCGCGACCUGGGCGGCUACGCGAUCGAGCUGUCGAAAGCCAUCUCCGAGUCCUCGCUCCCCGGACCCAACAUCUACUCGGCCGCGUCGGCCAUCUCCCAAACGUCGGGCCACGGCGACCUCUUCGACCUCCCGGUGGACGUGGCGCAUUCGCGGCUCUCGACGACGUGUCCGAACGCAGGGUCGUACCCGCUGUUGCUCGCCGACGGGGCCGACGCAUGCCGCAUGGCGGUGCGGCUCGUGACGCGGCGAGGGGCCAAGUGCGUCAAGGUGUUCGCGUCCGGCGGCGUGCUCAGCAUCCUCGACGACCCGCUGCACGCGCAGUACAGCGCCGGCGAGCUCGAGGCGAUCGUCGACGAAGCCGCGCGCGCGGGCCUCGCGGUCGCGGCCCACUGCCACGGCAAGGCGGGCAUCCUCGCCGCGCUCCGCGCGGGCUGCCACACGAUCGAACACGGCACGUACCUCGACGCCGAGUGCGUGGAGGUCAUGCUCGCCAAGGGCGCCGUGCUCGUGCCCACGCGCACCGUCGUCAAGGUCGGGGUCGACCACCCGGAGCUCAUGUCGCCCGAGAGCUACGUCAAGAUGCUCGAGACGGCCAAAUACCACCGCGCCGCCUACAGGCUCGCGGUCCGCUCGGGCGUCAAGAUCGCCCUGGGCACCGACCUGGGCAUCUCGGUCCCCGUCGACAACCCUCUCGCCCUGGGCCGGAGCGGCGGCGAACUCAGCUACGCCGUGACCGACGGCGGCAUGACCCCCCUGCAGGCCAUCGAGGCCGCCACGGCAAUGGGUCCCGAAACGCUAGGUCAUCUCGGAGCCGCGCCCAAGAGCGGACAGAUUCGAGAAGGCUACGACGCGGAUUUGAUUGCCUUGUGCGCGAAUCCUCUCGACGACAUUGCUGGUGACGGUGGUGGUGGUGGUGGUGGUGGAGGAGGAGGAGGAGGAGGAGGAGGAGGGAUGGAGCUGUUCAAGGAUCCACAGAAUGUGACGCACGUGUGGAAGGGCGGCGUGUGUUAUAAGAGCCCAUGA